AUGAUUUCUAGUGAACGUCUCAUCUAUGAAUGCUAUUUGGAACAAAAUGAGCAGCAAGCUUUGAAUUCAAUCAUGCAGGAUUUGGCUGUGCUUCAUAAGGCCAGUCGUCCUGUAUUGCCCCAGCAAGAAACAGGAAAACCAAAGUCAUCUUCACCUAAAAAACAGAAUGAUGUUAGAGUCAAAUUUGAACAUCGAGGUGAAAAAAGGAUCCUGCAAUUACCAAGGCCUGUUAAACUUGAAGAUCUUGCCGCUAAAGCUAAAGUUGCUUUUGGACAGACUAUGGAUUUACAUUACAGCAAUAACGAGCUUGUAAUUCCAUUAACCACACAGGAUGACCUGGACAAAGCUGUUGAACUGCUUGACCGUAGUGUUCAUAUGAAGAGUCUCAAGAUACUUCUUGUAAUACAUGGAAAUACGCAAUCACCCAGUGUAAAUAACAUGGAACCCUUGCCCUCACUGGAAGAUUUAGAUAAUACAGUGUUUGGUGUGACAGACAGAAAAAGGCGACUGUCUGUAAUAGGUUCUAAUACACGUGAUAGGAGUUCACCUCCCCCAGGAUACAUUCCAGAUGAGCUUCAUCAAGUGGCCCGAAAUGGGUCCUUCACCAGUAUCAACAGUGAGGGCGAAUUCAUUCCAGAAAGUAUGGAUCAGAUGCUGGAUCCAUUGUCAUUGAGCAGUCCUGAAAACUCCGGCUCGGGAAGCUGUCCCUCACUUGACAGCCCUUUAGAUGGAGAUAACUAUCCCAAGUCUCGGAUGCCGAGAGCACAGAGCUAUCCAGAUAAUCAUCAGGAGUUCUCAGUAGAGUAUGAUAUCCCGAUAUUUGAGAAAUUUGGAAAGGGGGGCACAUAUCCCCGAAGAUACCAUAUUUCAUAUCAUCAACAAGACUACAAUGAUGGUCGUAAAACUUUUCCAAGAGCCAGAAGGACUCAGGGGAACAGCUUCCGAUCUCCAGUUAGUUUCAGUCCCACUGAUCACUCGCUGAGCACGAGUAGCGGAAGCAGCGUCUUUACACCAGAAUAUGAAGACAACCGAAUGAGGAGAAGGGGAAGUGACAUAGACAAUCCUACCUUGUCAGUUAUGGACAUUAGCCCACCCAGUCGCUCACCACGAGCUCCAACUAACUGGAGACUUGGUAAAUUGCUGGGUCAAGGUGCAUUCGGCAGAGUAUAUCUGUGUUAUGAUGCUGAUACCGGAAGAGAACUGGCUGUUAAACAAGUUCAGUUUGAUCCUGAUAGUCCAGAAACCAGCAAGGAAGUAAAUGCACUUGAAUGUGAGAUUCAGUUGCUGAAAAAUCUGCUGCAUGAAAGAAUUGUUCAGUAUUACGGCUUUUUGAGAGAUCCACCAGAAAGAACACUCUCUAUAUUCAUGGAAUAUAUGCCUGGGGGUUCCAUCAAAGACCAACUGAAAUCAUAUGGAGCACUCACAGAGAACGUGACCCGUAAAUACACACGGCAGAUUUUGGAAGGAGUUCACUACUUGCACAGUAAUAUGAUUGUCCAUCGAGAUAUUAAAGGAGCAAAUAUUCUGCGAGACUCAGCAGGCAAUGUGAAGCUUGGAGACUUUGGGGCCAGCAAACGACUGCAGACUAUCUGUCUCUCUGGUACAGGAAUGAAGUCUGUCACAGGAACUCCAUACUGGAUGAGUCCAGAAGUUAUUAGUGGAGAAGGGUACGGCAGAAAAGCAGACAUCUGGAGCGUAGGUUGUACAGUGGUAGAAAUGCUCACUGAGAAGCCCCCCUGGGCAGAGUUCGAAGCCAUGGCUGCCAUCUUUAAAAUUGCCACUCAGCCAACCAACCCCCAGCUACCACCUCAUGUCUCUGACCAUGCUCGGGAUUUCUUGAAAAGGAUUUUUAUCGAGGCCAAGCUGCGACCAUUUGCAGAUGAACUGCUAAGACACACGUUUGCACACUAUCACUAA